GGCGCGGCCGUCUGUCCAGCCCGGCUCGGGUCAUGGUUCUCGGCCGCUGGCUCCUCGGCCGUCGGAGCCUCGCCGCACUGGGAGCCGCCUGCGCCCGCCGCGGCCUGGGGCCAGGCCUGCUGGGAUCCCUCGUCUGCCUUUCGGGUUCCAGGAGGAGUGUGACGGUGCGGCAGGGUGCCAUGAAGGUCGAGUUGCUGCCUGCCCUGACGGACAACUACAUGUACCUGGUGAUCGACGACGACACCAAGGAGGCCGCCAUUGUGGACCCGGUGCAGCCCCAGAAGGUUCUAGACACGGUGAGGAAACAUGGAGUGAAGCUGACCACGGUGCUCACCACGCACCACCACUGGGACCACGCCGGUGGGAACGAGAAGCUGCUCAAGCUGGAGCCCGGGCUGAAGGUGUACGGAGGCGAUGACCGCAUCGGGGCCCUGACGCACAAGGUCACACACCUGUCCACACUGCAGGUGGGGUCUCUCAGCGUCAAAUGCCUGUCGACCCCGUGCCACACCUCGGGACACAUCUGCUACUUGGUGAGCAAGCCUGGCAGCGCGGAGCCGCCUGCUGUGUUCACAGGCGACACCCUGUUCGUGGCGGGCUGCGGCAAGUUCUACGAGGGCACGGCGGACGAGAUGUACAGAGCCCUGCUCGAGGUCCUGGGCCGGCUCCCCCCCGACACGAAGGUCUACUGCGGCCACGAGUACACCAUCAACAACCUCAAGUUCGCACGCCACGUGGAGCCCGGCAACGCCGCCGUGCGGGAGAAGCUGGCCUGGGCCAAGGACAAGUACGGCAGCGGGGAGCCCACGGUGCCGUCCACCAUCGCCGAGGAGUUCACCUACAACCCGUUCAUGCGCGUGAGGGAGAAGACAGUGCAGCAGCACGCGGGCGAGACCGACCCGGUGACCACCAUGCGGGCCAUCCAGGAGAAGGACCAGUUCAAGGUGCCCCGCGACUGAGGCCCCGCAGGGCCAGUGGGGCCGUAGGUAAUCCAGUCCCGCAGGAACCUGCCUCGGGUUGAUUUUAAGUUAAUCUUGGAGCCCUCUGCUGUUAUCAAAUGUUCUAAUGGAUAUUUAUGAGAGAGAAAGUUUAAAGAGUAUUUAUCCAGUCA